AUGUCCGAUAGUUUCACAGUUUUUGAGGAUGCCGAGAAUGUUGGAGAAUCGAAGGAAGUAAUUGAGAUUGCUUGUCAAACAGAGCAAUCUGAUUUUGUAAAAAAGUUGGAAAAUGAAGAUGCUUCGGAAGACGAAGAAACUCAAUUAAUUAAUUAUUGGACAAGAGUUUUGUCACAAACAACAAAAGAAGUCGAUAGAAUUCGAAAAUUGAAUGACAAAUUGGAAGCCGAAAUCGCUCGAGACACAAUCAAAAAAGACGGCUUGAAAGAAGAUUAUGACAAACUUUAUGCUGAAACUGCAGCAGAUCUCGAAACAGAAGAAGAGGAAAGUGAAAAAGAAACAUCGGAAGAAGAGGAAGAUGAUGACGAAGAUUCAAUUAUUGUCAAACUUUGA